CGACGACUACAUACGUCGUAUAGCAUUAUACAUUCGCAACAACGAACAGGGCCUCGCUGCUGCUGGUCUGCAGCCCCGCCGCCGCUCGAAGAACGGCGACCCCGCACCCUCCAUAUUCAAUCCCUUGGGGUUGGUUCGCCUCAGAUCCUGCAGCCAUACCCGAGAACGUGAAACCAGUUGUCCUCUCAUUCGAUGUACACCACCUCUACUAUCUCCUCAUACGCAUGGAGGCCGUCGGACUUGACGGGGUCGGAAGCCUUGACGUCAAGGUCGAAAGCGCGUCGCGACCUAUGAACUACAUCAGCAUUCCUGGUACUGACAAAUCAGACUCGAUGUCGUUCAUGUCCCUCGCUUCUACAUUCUCUGCCGUCUCCAAGCUCUCUCUGGGUGGUAGCUGGUGGGGCAAGUCUGCGCCGCCCACCGUUGACGGAGAACUCAAGUUCAUCUAUUCCCGCUUCACCGUGCUUCCGGCUCUCCGCCUUCACGCUCCUGAGCCGAAGCUGAUAGCUGAGAUGGCCAACGAGCAGCUCGACCGCGCAUUGUGCUUGGACGCUUUCAAGAUGCUGCAGAUCCUGGAGCUUGAGGAUGUUGACCCACGCAUCAUCUUGGGCUGGGACAGGCUUGCGGUAAGCUUGAGGAGCUUAUCCAUCAGACGAAGCGGUUUGGAAGACAUCGGGGAUGUGCUAAUUGGAUCGGUAGCGGAUGACCAGGCUCGACGAGAGGGCCGGGCGGUCGUGACGAAGGCAAAGCGUCCGCGAGUCCCACCGUCCCGUCAGGGUUCGUUUCGCGCUACUCGCCUGCCCGCCUCCGUUCCAGAGGACUCUGAGGAUGAAAAUGAGGUCGUGACCACACCGAAAGUCGAGGAGCCUGAUCCCAUUGCGGAUGAAGUACCUCGAGCUCCCGAACCCCAGCUUCCGCCAUUAAUGUGGUCGUCCUUGCGGCAUCUUUGCUUGGCUGAAAAUGCUCUGACAUUCAUCCCCACCGCUCCACUUGAGCAUCUCACUUCGGUGACACACCUCGACCUCUCGUCCAACUUAUUGGUGUCGGUCCCUCCGGGUCUUUCGGCCCUGUAUAAUCUUGUCUCCCUCAACCUCUCGGACAACAUGAUCGACUCAGUACUUGGUAUCUACACCAUGCUCGGCCAGGUCCUUUCCCUUAUCCUGCUGCGCAAUCGUCUGGAAUCCAUAUGCGGACUUGAGCGGCUGAAAGCCUUGGAACGAGCGGAUCUACGCCAUAACCUGAUUGAGGAGAGCGCUGAGAUUGGGAGGCUGGCUGCUCUGCCAAAUAUUGCAGAAGUUUGGGUUGAAGGCAAUCCACUGACGGAAAUCGAGGAGGGUUACCGCAUCCGCUGCUUCGACUUGUUCUGGAAGGAGGGCAGGUCUAUCUUGCUCGAUGGCACACCACCCAGCUUCUACGAGAAGCGAUACCUCACGGAGCGUCCAUCUGAACAGAUGACUUCUACUCGAACUCCUGCGGCGACAAUCAACUCUCCUCCCAUCGUCGCCGUGAAUGCACAUGUCCCUCACAUCCGACCUAUCACUUCUCCGCCUCCAGGCAGCCCUGGCAUGUCCCCUACGACUUCAGCCUCUGCCUCACAGACUGCGUCGCCGCAGCUGGCCGCUCUUGCCGGACGAGGACGGAGGAAGAAGACCAAGCGAAUUGUCGAUCUCGAUGGAGGAAGCGAAGCAAACAGUUCGCGAAGCACCUCUCAUGCCCGUAUGGGCUCCGAUGCACUGCCCCGGCAUGCGACCAGCCCGCCAAAGGCUUCUGCUAAGCUGCCUCAGACGGACUCAGAACCAGUCUCUCAGCCAGGGCCGUCUGCCUUCAAGGCUACUGCACAGUCCAGGUCGACCGGCGACUCUGAGCCGGCUGGCCUGUCAUCAGGGCCCGUCCCACCGCCCAAAUUCGUCUCGCGGCACGCCCGCCGCCAGAGCGAGUUUGCUCCCGCUUCUCCACUUGCUACGUCGCCACCUUCGGAGUCUUCGUCGCUAGUAGACCGCCGUGGGCUUGCGCACAAGCGAUCUGCGACAAUGACAUCAAGGUCGGCGGCUCGGUGUGCGCGUGUAUCAGCGACUACGUUCGAGCCGCCGCCCGGUGAGGAGAAGAAUAACGGACAGAUGAGCGAAGCCGAGGCCUUCCGGGCACGGAUUGAGGCUCUGCGGUCAGAUAUGGGUGACGGCUGGCUGAAGGUGUUCAAUCAGUCUCACAUGGCAUCUCCAACUUCAUCUCCUCCCGUUGCGUCUGGAUAGGAUCUUUUUGUGCAAUGUGUAGUAAUUAUUGGAUAUAGCCACGGACGGCAACGCGGCUCACAUUUGUACUUGGUAGUACAGUAUGCUAGAUAUUCUGGAACUCGG